AUGUUGAUAAUAAGGCAGCAAAUUGAAAAUAAGCACGUUUUUCUUUUUUCCUUUUUUUUAAAAUUUUACACAGGAAAGAAAGAUCACUGCUGUGUGGAAUGUGGCAGAGAAUUCUCUAACAAGAGUGCUCUUCAGAAACACACAAGAGUUCACACUGGAGAGAAGCCAUAUUGCUGUAAUGAAUGUGGUAAACAGUUUAGACAUAUGAGCAAUAUUAAGAGACACACUAGAGUUCACACAGGAGAGAAGCCAUAUUGCUGUUAUCAAUGUGGCAAACAGUUUUCACAAAUAGGCCAUCUACAGAAACACACUAGAGUUCACACUGGAGAGAAGCCAUAUUGCUGCAAUCAAUGUGGUAAAUGGUUUUCACAGAUGGAUAGUCUACACAAACACAUAAAAAUUCACACCGGAGAGAAGCCAUAUUGCUGUAAUGAAUGUGGCAAACAGUUUUCACAGAUAAGCAAUCUUCAGAGACACACAAGACUUCAUACUGGAGAGAAGCCAUAUUGCUGUAAUGAAUGUGGUAAACAGUUUUCACAAAUGGGCCAUCUACAGAGUCACACGACAGUUCACACCAAAGAGAAGCCAUAUUAUUGUAAUGAAUGUGGUAAACAGUUUUCACAUAUAUUCAGUCUUCAGAGACACACAAGAGUCCACAACAGAAUAAAAACAGUAGCAGUUCAAAAAUCAGUCCAGAAAACCAAGAACCCUUCAGGACUUAAGAGUGACAUUCAGUCCUGUCCUGAAAAGUAACCAAAAUAACUAUUGUUGAGAAAUGAAUCUCAAGGAGAAGCCAUAUUGCUGUUUGGAAUGUGGCAAACAAAUCUGUCAGAGCUGUACACUUCAGAGAUGCACCAGAAUUCACACCGGAGAGAAGUACAACUGAACUGUCCUGACUAAAGAGUGAGGUUCACUCCUGCCUGGACAGUAAGCACAUGUAACUGACACAAAUCCAUCCUACUUAGUGUUGUGUCAAAAA